AUGGCUUCUACUUGGGAGUGUGGUUGCAGGAGCCGGAGUAGGAGCAGUUGUCCAAAUCAUGAUCGCACCAUCAUUCACAUGGAAUGGUACGCGCGCACAGCUGAAGCCAGAAGAAGUGUCCACGCGUCCUGCUAUAACGCCAUCCCGACAGCACAGUGGCAAUUCUGGCCUGAACUGACGCUUUAUCAGUACCAGACAUGUCCAUUUGCUGCAAGGUGGCGGGCCUUUCUUACUAUCACGGAUUUUGCUACGCAUGUGGUAGAGGUCAACCCAGUCCUGCGAAAGGAGAUAAAGUGGUCCAGCUACCGCAAAGUCCCGAUAUUGGUCUGCGAGUCUAAUGGAAUAAGGAACAGCAUUUCCGAGACUCUGCCACUCAUCAUCAGCAUCAUGAAGACGUUCCUCGCUGUUAGCGGACGCGAGCUCAGCUUUGACGAGAUGCUUGGCUACUAUCCGACGGCGACGCAGCUGAACCGAUACGCUGUGAUGUACGGAGAAUCUCACAGACACAAGGACACGAGACAAGAGGAGAAGAAGUGGCGUGAGUGGGCAGACAAUACUCUCGUACACUACUUGUCGCCAAACGUCUACCGAACAUCCGGCGAGGCGCUGCAGGCUUUCCGCUACUUCUCCGACGUCGGAGAGUGGGAGCGACUGUUUCCUGCCUGGGAGCGCUACCUGGUGAUCUACGUUGGUGCAGCAGCCAUGUUUCUAGUUGGAAAAAGAUUAAAGAAAAAGUACAAUAUGAAGGAAGAUGUGAGAGAGACGCUGUAUGAUGCCUGUAGACACUGGACAAAACACGUGGGCAAACAGCGAACAUUCAUGGGUGGCGAUAAGCCAAACCUAGCAGAUCUGGCUGUGUACGGAAUUCUGAACUCCAUCGAGGGCUGCGAGGCAUUCCAGGAUGUUCUCACGAACACGAAGAUUGGAGACUGGUACUACAACACGCAGCAGGCCGUGAAGCUGCAUGUGGGCAGUGAGUUGCUCGCUGAACACUGCUACGACCGCUACUUCAAACGCAAGGCAAACUAGCAUUGGAACGGCUUAUGGCAGUCAUCUAUGAUGUGUGACGACAAGGUCAUGCAAACGUCUGGUGCGGGAUGAUCUCACCCGUUCAUAUUGUUCUUAGGAAAUGGCGGAUUUUAUGGUCAAAGUGCCAUGAAAUGCGAUAUCUUAGUAGUCUGCAGUUGGUCACCUAGUUCUUGUGAUAACGUUAAAGGUGGAUUUUAUUAUACACAAGGUAUAGCAAAUGCAUGAACGUAUGAGAGACUGUAGCGCGGACAGCUACGUAAGCAAUGGUUUCGUGAAUUAGUGAGUGCUCUCAUCUAGUCGCCUGUCCAUUAUUGCUAAGCACAUUUACGUAUUGCUGUUUUUGCGGUAGUCAUGAAGAAUAAAAGUGAAUUUCUAGUUCAAUUCCAGUAA